GAAUCAUUAUUGGAAUCGUAAUUUACGAUAAAAACAAAAUUACACGUCGAUAGGUUACAUCGAUGGUAUAUUAAAAUUUAGACAAACCGGCAUCGAUGUGUGCCAAAAUUCCAAUAUUCCGAAUUUUUGCAAUUUCCUGUUCCCCAUCGUGUUCUCCUUUUAUAAUUUUCGAACUGUUUUGUGCGUAUCGUUUAUGAAAUUUGCUCCACGAAGUCACGUCAGACGACGUGGACGUUGAAACAUGGAGGUCGCGUCAUACGAUGCAAGUUGAAUAAAGUCUGGAAACCACAAUGGGUCUGUGCAAGUGUCCGAAAAGAAGAGUUACAAACUUAUUUUGUUUUGAACAUCGUGUCAAUGUUUGCGAGCAUUGUAUGGUUACGAAUCAUCCGAAGUGCAUAGUACAGUCGUAUAUUCUAUGGCUUCACGAUCACGAUUACAAUCCAGUUUGUUCACUGUGCUCGACAUACCUAAACGAAGGUGAUUGCGUUCGAUUAACUUGUUAUCAUAUGUUUCACUGGGCAUGCUUGGACAAGUAUGCCAGAGAAUUACCAGCAACAACAGCACCCGCAGGGUACACGUGUCCGUUUUGCAAGGAACGUAUCUUCCCUGAUGCAAAGUUAGUGUCACCCGUAGCAGAUGUUUUGAGAGAAAAGUUAGCAGGAGUCAACUGGGCACGUGCUGGGUUAGGAUUACCCUUGUUGAGCGAUGACAGGGAACAAGAACCCGAACAAGAACGCCCGUUGUUAAGAGUCGAAUCCACAUCGUACCCAAAUCACACAAUGACGACUUCGACGGCACAUUCGGUAGCUAUAUCGCGUUCUGCUAGCACUGUAAACUCGGUGCACGCUAAUAUAAACAGCGUGCAUUUAAACAAUCAGAAGGUUGGUCCACCUUGUUCCAUUUUAAAUAUCGAUUCGUCUUCGGGGAUGUCCACUCCGAUGUCGAGAAAAGUUUGCGAGGCGUACGACGAUCCGAAAGAAUUGUCGUUCGAUCACGAUGAAAAUAAAUAUAAAAGAAAGUCUGCCAUCGAGUGGUUGUUGAGGUGGUGGAAAUUGAUAGCGAGUCCGACGACGCAACGUAGAAAUACACCCGGCUCGUUAUACAAAAAAUACGCAGUGGUAGGAAUCAUGGGUGUAUUAGCUUUUAUCGGGAUGGUAAUUUUGUUCUCGUGGUUUGGCAGGAUGGCCACAGACGGCGAUCCAAGCUACGAUCUUUCCGCGAAUCCUAAUAUUUUGGUCGACGAUAAUAAACCUGCCGACAUUUAAUACGUUCUUCUCGAAAGAUCGUAUCUAUUUCGAACACGAAAAACGAACGAAACUUGCGCGAUAUAGAUAAUACUUGUCGAUCGAAAUAAAUGAAAAAGAUAUAUAUAUAUAUAUAUCGAUUACUAAUAAACUUAAGAUACCGUAUACUGUUAGCUGUAAUAUUUGUUAAUUUUUACGUGAAACUAUGCUUUAUAACUGUGUUGUAUAUUUUGCUCUGUAAAAAAAUUUACAAUUUUUCAAAAGUACUGGAUAAUUGUACCGAUCGUUAGUUCUUUUAUACAGUCAUGUACGAAAAAGUAAAGGAAAGAUUUGCUGCCAAUCCCAAUCAUUCACUUAACGAUCUAACGUAAGAUAAAAGGAUUUUUUAAUCGUGUUGGUGAUCUUUUUAUUAUAAAUGCACUGUUUUAAUAUUUAGGUUAUUGUAUUUGUUUCGAAGGUAAGGUAAUAAUUUAUUUAAAAUAGAUGCCUGAAAAUGUCUACCGUGUAAUUCAUUUUCGUGGUUAUCUAACGUUUCGUUGGACGUUUACCCGCCAAUUUUAGCAUUCUCGGUUCCCCAUUCGUUGAUACUAACCUCAUUUUCUGGACGUUCGGAUAGUCCCAGUCGUAGUCUCCGUCGAUAUCGGUAUUUUUACGACGGCAAAAACGUAAUAGGAACGAGAAAAUUCACCAUGUUCGAUUUAUUCGGGUCAAGACGCGAUUGUGCUUGCAAUUCAAAUGAGAGUCCAGCGACUUAUCUGAGAAAUAAUCUGCCCAUGAAAUUUUCAUACCUUCUAACCACAUCCAGUGGUGUCUACAAGCUACUUUGCAUUCGAAAGUCUGUACACAAGCGAAAA